CACACGCCUAUACGUAGUUAUGUGUAUAUAUAUAUAUAAACAUGUUUGUGUGUGUUUAUAUCAUCAUUGUGAAACACUCAGUCUGCUCCUGGUGUUAUAGUUUAUCAAUUAUCUUCACUACUUAUUUGGUUUCUUUUUAAAAAUGGUGUUACUUAAUAACUUAAAACACAUUUUUGAAUAACUAAUCACAAGCUGACUAAACACCUUUCCCUCACACCUUGUUGACUUUUUACUGAUUUAUUCUUAUGUGGAGUGUUUGUGUGUGUGUCAGGGUUGUCACCUCCCUCGUUCCCUCAGGUAGUUGUGUGUUCUGUUGGCUAUAAGAAUCUCAAAGUGCACACCCUUCAGCCUCUGAGUCAUUUUCACGAAAACCAGGAAGAAGAACAAGGGGAACUUGCUGACGCAGACCGCGUCACUGUUAAUAAACUCCACUCUUCUUUCUGUGAAAACACAAAGAACUGUGGUAAUUCCUUGGUCAUUCGCUGGUCAUACCUCAUCACCAGUGACUGUAAAUGCAGCAUGAUUACUCUCAGUGCACACUAGAUGGCCAUGAUGUUACAGUCAUGCAACCACAAUAUAAAGAUAAACUUCAAGAGUCAGACAGUUUUUGUUUCCUCCUCAAAUCGUGGAAUUUAUCUUGCGUCUAAAGGACAAACGUUGGUGCUCAUAAUUUCUGUAUCACUUCCGAUUUUUUUACUGGAUUUUGUCCCCAAAGCAGCCUUAGUUGUAGUCGUAGUUAUUCAAACUCAAUAUUUCUCACCUUCCUAAGAAACUGUUCAACACACAAAUACAUUUGUUUAUGUUGUUAUUGCGUGAGAAGAGAGUGUAGUCAUUAAACCCUGUGUCUUGGGCCAAGAAUGAACUCUAAUAUGACAUAGAUUUUUAUAAUCCCACUGUCUAUUGACACGCACCAAUACUUAAUGUAUAAGUAUGGACCUGUAUUUGUGAUUUGACAUCACUUUGGUUCUUAAAAAAAUGGCACAAAAUAAGGGAUUUCCCACUAAUGUUCGAGGCAGGCAUGAGACGAUAAUACGCCACUGACCUUACGGUAUGUAAAAUGACUACUCCCCAGAAUUACUGUAUUUAGAAAUUAGAGAAGAAUGACAAGAUCACCACCCACAUGGUUCCUACUGUCACGAUACAUAAGAGGAAACCUUCGUGACUGCUUACAAGCACCCAUACCCUAGACGCUGAGUGGACACAAAGGAAACAUAGGCCUUAACUAACGUGGGAGCUUCUUCAGAGAGGAAGUCUGUGUUCGCCGACCUCUCUCCCGAGCAGACUUAAACGCAGCCAGUGUGCUUGUUGCUCUUUUAUGCACGAUGUUUCAAAGGAAGCUGCUGCAAUUCUCCAUAGGAGCUCUGUUUGUUGCCCUACCCUGGCUUGGUGGAGUGGUCUUUGGAGAGGUCAACGAUGACUUCUCCAACUGCCUGGAUUUCUUCCACCAGAGAACUCCACCACAGGGCAUCAACGCCACGGGAGGAUACCAGCCAAUAUGUCAGCGCCACAAGAACCAGUAUCACUUUGCCAGCCUGUACCGCCGUCAGCACCGCGUGCCACUGUACUCUGCGUACAUACUCAGCCCUGCAGAUGGAAAACGGCCCAACAGCACUUGGAUGUAUGAGCCACAGUUGGUGUAUUCCCGAGCCGACCCACAAAUGGCAACUUUACAAACACCUGUGGACCAAAAUGUGAUGGAGACCCAGGCGGUGACUGACGACUACAGGAACUCCAACUUCACCAAAGGCCAUCUCAAUCCCAGCAUGCACCAGAAGACAAGACAGAACCGUCAGGCGACCUUCACCCUGACUAACAUCGUCCCUCAGCGCGCGGGCUCCAACUCUGGCCCCUGGAACAGUCUAGAGAGGGACGUGUUGAGAAAAUUCAACGCAUUCUGUGAAGGGCCGAUGCAUGUGAUCACCGGGGUCCUGCCGUAUGAGUCUGGAUCCCGCUGGAUCAACAACCGAGUGUCUGUCCCCGAGUACAUGUGGUCUGCGUACUGUUGCCCGUCCUACAAACCUGACCUACCCGAGUCUGUGCGGCCAUUUUUCCCCACAUACGCUGCCGUGGGUCGAAAUGACCGCAACAGUGGAACGGAGAUUGUUCCGGUUAAUUUAAAGGCGAGGUCCUCGGUGCGAGGCUACGAUGUGAGACGUAUGACUCUAGAGAGUCUGGAGGGCAUCCUGAGACAAAGGCUGGCCAUGCCCAUCAGCCUGUUUGCUGGGCAGUGUCAGACCAGACCCAGUGACCCUGUGGAUCUGGUCCAUCCAUCUGCAACCAUCUUUGUCACUUCUCCAUCCAAUAAAAAUGAAUCUGGAGCUGCAAAAAAACAACUAUUUGACCUUUAAAAUGAAGAUAAUGUCAUGUAAUAACAAAACUGUUGACAUUUCAUUGCUGUUUCUACCAAACCUCUCUGAGUUUGAAAUGAAAUAAAAACAAUUUUGUGUAGUUUAUAUACCUGAGAAAACCUGACUGGCAUAAGUACAUGGAUCUAAAAAUGGACAGGACUCCAAAUGUGUACUUCUUGAUGUACACAUUACUUUAAUUGAACAGCGUUCGGGGAGGUUUUUCAAUAUCGCAUUUGACGUAGACUUUGGAUGUGACGCAAAUAUCAAAACACUUUAAUUUUAC